AUGGCCCUCACUGUGAACGUCACGCACAUCGGCACCGCCACCGCCAUUCUCGAGAUCAACGGCGUCAAUUUCCUGACGGACCCCUUCUUCUCCCCGGGCGGCUCGGAGUUCCCCGUCGGCGGCCUGGUCCUCCGCGUCGAAGACGACCCGGCCCUGCGCCUGGACCAGCUCCCCGUGAUCGACGCCGUCCUCCUCAGCCACGAGGACCACCCGGACAACCUCGACGCGCUCGGCCGCCAGCUCCUCGACGCACGCCCGGUCUUCACGACCGUCGACGGCGCGCGCAACCUCGCCCCGCGGCCUGCGGUCCGCGGCAUGCAGCCCUGGUCCGAGAUCACGACCCGCAUCGCCGGCCAGACCUUCACCAUCAUCGCGACGCCGACGCAGCACGUCCCCGGCCAGGAAUGCACGGGCUUCAUCGUCACGGCCGAGACCUUCGGCCGUGGGCGCGACAACCUCCCCAACGCCAUCUACUUCACCGGCGACACGGUGUACAUCGAGGAGCUCGAGCAAAUUGCGGACCGGUACCACGUGUGCGCCGCCGUGAUGAACCUGGGCAACGCGCACGCGGCGCGGCCCGAGGACCCCCACGGCCCCAAGUUGAAGAUCACGAUGGGCGGCGAGGAUGGCGCGCGGCUGUUCCGCGCGCUGCGGGCGGAUGUGCUGGUGCCGAUGCAUUACGAGUCCUGGGGCCAUUUUACGCAGUUCGGCGAGGAGUUGCGCGCCGUGUUUAAGGCGGAGGGGAUCAGUGAGAAGGUGUGCUGGUUGAAGGGCGGGGAGACGGUGGCUGUGUUGUAG